GUGAGGCCGGCUGAAAGCCGAGCCGGGCCAAGUGACAGAGCUGGGCCGGGCCGGGGGAGGGGGAGGGGGGCCGGACCAUGGCCAAGAGCAGUCUCUGGGCCCCGCUGCUCCUCUGCCUCCUGCGGCCAGCACCAGGGAGCCCAGAGUUGGCCCUUCCACAGAAUGUCACCCUCCUUUCCCGAAACUUCCGUGUGUACCUGACGUGGCUCCCAGGACCCAACUAUCCCCUCAACGUGACUUACGUGGUACAUUACCAGAGCUUUGAAAAUGAGACAAACUGGAAGAAGGCCAAACACUGCUUAAGGAUUGCCAUCAGGGAGUGUGACCUCACCUGCCUGAAGCAUCUGGAUCCAUUCUUAAAAUUCAAAGGGCGAGUCCGAGCAGUGGUGCAGGGGACCUACUCUCUGUGGGCAGAAUCCAAGUACCUGGAAUAUUUCAUCGAUGUGGAACCAGCCCCACCCAUACUGACCUGGAUACUGACAGAGAAGACCUUAAUCGUCAAUGCCACCAAUGAGUUACCCUCGUGUGCUUAUCUUAUGAACCUGAAAUAUAAGGUGGAAUUCUGGAAAGAAGGGAGCCCAAACAAGACUGAGACCCAGGUCAGGUUCCAUGAGAUGGCAGUGAUCAAUCUCCCCCCAGCUUCUACUGGACGCUACUGCCUGAGGGCCAGGACAGUCUAUGUCCUAAUCACCCCCAAGUACAGCGAGUUCACCAAACCAGUCUGCUUCCUGCUGGGGACCUCAGGAACCCAGGAUGGGAUCCUGGCCUUAGUGCUGCUAGUCUUCCUGCCCAUUAUCAUUCUCAUCUUCUGUAUGUGCUUCCUGAAGAAAGUCUAUUUCCAGAAGGCAAAGAUGCCACAGAGCCUGGACUUUCCUGGGUACAGAUGGCCAGUGAAAAUCUUGGAACUAACCAGACAAGAGUCUUUCAGGGAUUUGUUCAUCUGCCCCAAGACUAGUUUGGAGCAGAAAAGACCAUGUGCAGGAUCCAGAGGCCCAAGCAUCGCUCCCCCAUCGGAGAUGGAGGACCACGAGACUGAGGAAGAAAGCAAAGAGGGAGACUCUGAGGAUUCUGAUGAUAGCGGAACCUUUGAAGCUUACCUUGAAAUAGCUCCCAUCAAAAGCCUGAUGAUUAGAAUGGCAAAAACAAAGACAGAGACACAGAGUUUGGAGUCUCUGGAGUCCUUGACACAUCAUCCACAGGGUGAUUUCUCCCCAGACACUUCAGACAGUAAAAAUGAGUCUGAGUCUUUCUGGAAACAAUCAGGUGUCAUUAAUUAUUUAAUUAAGGAUCCUCUCUGUGAGGAUGGCCUGGCUCUGCCACCACCCGUGUUCAUGAAGAAGUCAGAGCUUGUGGAAGAGUCUUCCAAGGGUGAUUUGUCUUCCAGGGACUCCCUAGUGCCCUUGGGCCCCACUUCCCCUGGGCUGGUGUUCAUCCCUGAGGAACCCCUGGUUUCUCUGAAGACAUUGAUCAUUAACAUGGACAGAGGGACUCAGGACAGAUCUGAGGAAGAGGAGGAAGAAGAGGAAGAGGAGGAAGAGGAAGAGAAUUGUCUUAUGAAGGACACAAGUGGUGGCAAUGAGGUGGAGGGCCCUUGGAGUGAGUACCCCAAGAGGCCUAAAGUCUCAAAUUACCAGCACUAUAGACUUCACUGAGUCAGUCACCCCAGUUCCCCCCAAAAUUGAUCGCUGGGCCUAGCCCUACUUCAGGGUUUUUCUCAGUUUCUCCAGGACCCAAGGGGCCACUGGAUACUUCAAGGAUGAACUCUUCAGUAUCUAUGGGAUAAACAAACUGUUUCUGGAACCCAUCCUAGAAAAUGAUUCUUAGUUGUGUUGAAUGGGAAGAAACCAUCCAAAUGGACCUACGUCCAAAUCCCCACAAUGCUACCAACUGGCUGUGUGCCCUUGGCAAGACUUCACAAUGUCCUAUCUGUGCCUGAGGUUGUUGAACUAGAUGACCUCUGAGGUCCUUAUCAGCAUUAGAUUUCAGAUCUUUGAUCUAGUGGUCAGGAUUGGAAACCGAAAGGAAACUUCUGACACUGUUUGGUCCAGUCUUGUUUGACAGAAGAGGAAACUGAGGCAAAAGAUACCUCAUAUUGUAGAGAAAAGAGAUCUAGUCUUGGAGAAUCAGAACACCAAGUUUCUAGUCACCAGUGGUCUGUGGCUGACUUAGUAUGAGAUCCUAGGCAAAUCACCUCCCUGAGCUUCAGUUUACUUAUCAAUUUAAUCAAAUACAACAAAUAUUUAAAGACUUGCUUUUUGCAAAAUACUGUCCUAGGUACCAGAGAUAAAAACAAAAAGGAAAGUCCCAGACCUCUAGGAGUUUCCAUUCUGAUGGGGGAUACAUAUAACACAUGUGGAAAGCAUGUUGGUGUUCAUGGGAAUAGAACCUGAGCUAUGGGGCCUCAGACACUUCCUGGCUAUGUGAACUAGGCACAUCCCUUAAUUUCCACUGGCCAGCCCUGACUGCCCUUUUGCCUUAAAACUAAUAUAUAGUAUUGAUUCCAAGCCGAAGCUACAGACCAAAUAAUGGCUUUUGAAUUAUGAGCAUAGUGAGAGAGCCCUUCGUGAACCUUGAUUGCCCUUCAGAAGUGUGAGGAACUCUCAGUGUUGUUGGAGAUUUUGUUGUUGUUUGUAUUUUUGUAUUAUAUUUAUUAUUUAUUUCUUUUUAGCAUUCAUUUCUUUUUAACUUUUGAGAUCCAGAUUCUCUCCUUCCCUUUCAUCUCUCCCUCCCCUCCUGAGUGAACAAUUCUUGUCAAUUAUACAUGUAAAAUCAUGCAAAGUAUAUUUCCAUAUUAGCAAAAGAAAGAAAAGAUAGAAGGUAGGAAAGAAAGAAGGAAAGAGAAAGAAAGAAAGAAAGAAAGAAAGAAAGAAAGAAAGAAAGAAAGAAAGAAAGAAAGAAAGAAAGAAAGAAAGAAAGAGAGAAAGAGAGAAAGAAAGAAAGAGAAAGAAAGAAAGAAAGAAAGAAAGAGAGAAAGAAAGAAAGAGAGAAAGAAAGAGAGAAAGAGAGAAAGAAAGAAAGAGAAAGAAAGAAAGAAAGAGAGAAAAGAGGGAGGGAAGGAAGAGAAAGAAAGGAAGGAAGGAAGAAAAGGAAGGAAGGAGAGAAAUAUAUUUCAAUUUGCACUCUGAGGUCACCAGUUCUCUCUGGAGAUGGAUGGCAUUUUUCAUCCUGAAUCCUUUGGGAUUGUCUUGGAUCACUGUAUUGAUCAGAGUAGCCAAAACUUUCACAGUUGAUCAUCAUUGCAACAUUGCUGUCAGUGCAUGCUGAUCUCCUGGUUCUUCUCACUUGCUUUAAUGCUAUAUAAAUAUUAGCGGUUGUUAUUGUUAUUAUUAUUAUUACUACUAUCAGCAACUUUCUGAUAUAAGUGCUACAAGGAUAAUUCUUGCCUUUUUAUUGGUGGGGGGUGGGAAGCUGAGAGAAAUGCAGUGAUGUGGUUACACAACUAGUAAGUGUUUGAGAGAGGAUUUGAAUCCAUGUCAUCCUAACUCUAAGUACACCACACAAGUUGGUCCUAUGAAUAUGAUGUAGCAGGAAAAAAAUGUAUUUUUGAUUUUAAGCCUAAACAUCUAGGUGUGACUCCCAGUUGUGCUAAUUCCUUCUUCUGUGUCUUUGGGCUAGUCGCUUCCCUCCUCUCUGCCUCAGUGUCCUCACCUGUAAAAUCUGGCCCAGAUGGCCUCCAAAAUCUUUCCCUACAGACAAAAGAUGGAGGAGGAUGCCUCGACCCUAAAGAUGAUUUUCAACAUCAUAAGGCACAACACAGUGCCACAGAUGGCUAUCAUCAUCAUUUGCACAUUUGAAGAAUUCAACUUAUACCCCUGUUUGAAACCUUCAUUAUAUUCUAUUUAAAUAGAUUCUUAAAAGGUAAGUCCUGAUAGUGAAUUCCAUGUUCUUGGGUAGAGCCCAAAGGAUUACCUUUUUCAGAUGUUGGAGAGGUGAUUAGCUUAGAAUAGUUUAGCCUAGAAAAGGGAUUUUUUUACCUGGCAUCUGUGACUUUAAAAAUAUAUAGAGAGAAAUGGAUGUAUUUUACUAUAACUUAUUUACUUUGUAUCACUAUAUUUUUUUAUGCAUUCAAAAAUAUGAUUCUGAGAAGGGGUUCAUGGUCUUCAAACUGCCCAAGAGGUCCAGGAAGCAAAAAAGGGCUAAAAAUCCCUGGACUGAGGACAUUUCUUGGGAACCUUCCAAAUGAUCCUGUAGAAUUUCUUCUCUGUAAAAUGGGUAUUUCAAUACCACUCUAUUUUAUAGUACUCUUGAGAGAACAGCAGUUUGGAAACCUUAAAAUGUUAUAAUAAAAAUUUUAUUUUAAAAAGAAAAAAUAUAUAAAUAUGACAUGUUAGAAUUCUAACAUUCUAACAUUGUUCUAAGGGCUUUCCCAACUCUGACAUUCUGUAGUCUAAGCUCUCUCCCAGCUCUGACAUUCUCUGUUCUAAGGUCUCUCCCAGCUCUGACAUUCUGGGUUCUAAGGUCUCUCCCAGCUCUGACAUUCUGGGUUCUAAGGUCUCUCCCAGCUCUGAUAUUCUCUGUUCUAAGGUUUCUCCCAGCUCUGACAUUCUCUGUUCUAAGGUCUCUCCCAGCUCUCCCAUUCUCUGUUCUAAGGUCUCUCCCAGUUCUGGCAUUCUCUGUUCUAAGGUCUCUCCCAGUUCUGACAUUUCCUGUUCUAAGGUCCCUCCCAGCUCUGACAUUCUCUGUUCUAAGGUCUCUUCCCAGCUCUGACAUUCUCUGUUCUAAGUCUCUCCCAGCUCUGACAUUCUCUGUUCUAAGGUCUCUCCCAGUUCUGACAUUUCCUGUUCUAAGGUCUCUCCCAGCUCUGACAUUCUCUGUUCUAAGGUCUCUCCCAGCUCUGACAUUCUCUGUUCUAAGGUCCCUCCCAGCUCUGACAUUCUCUGUUCCAAGGUCUCUUCCCAGCUCUGACAUUCUCUGUUCUAAGGUCUCUCCCAGCUCUGACAGUCUCUGUUCUAAGGUCUCUCCCAGCUCUGACAGUCUCUGUUCUAAGGUCUCUCCCAGCUCUGACAGUCUCUGUUCUAAAGGUCCCUUCAACUCCUAAUAGUCUCUGUUAUAAGACUUCUGGCUCUAACAUCUUAUAUUCUAAGUCCCCUUCUAGCCCUGACAUUGUGUUCUCAGUUGUCUUCCAAUUUUUAUUUUCUACAAUUGUAUGAUAUGGGGUUGGAUUGUCAGAAAGCAAGUCCAGACAAUUUUGGUAAUAGCCUUUGAGGGAGGCCGGUUUGUAAUAAAUUCCUCCUAAAACAGAA